AGUGGCUGGAUUUACAGGUUAAGAAAGCUCCCAGACUUAUGAAUUCCACGUCAUGGUCAUUAGCACCCCCUGUAUCCCCUUACCCUGUAAACCACUCCUCUCCUGCCUCUACCUUCUGUUGAGAAGAGUGGCUUUGGGUUCUCUGUGCUGAGUAGGGAUUUUGGGGCAUCUCAAUCGGUGCUGUACAGAUAGAGCUACUGCUCUCCACCACUCUGCUCAGCACACUCUUAAUCCCAAGUCUCCCUCCGAGGGAUGCAUCUACGAGAUCACUGACUUGAGGAAUAAGAUCACCAAAAACAAGACAAGAUGGCUGACAAGGACAAUGUUGAGAAGUUUUUGGACAACAACCCCCAGUUUGCUAAGGAGUACUAUGACAAGAAGGUCAAGGCGGAUGUGAUUUCCGCUGCCUUCAACAACCAGGUACAGAUCAAAGAUGUGGCUUCGUUCAAGGAGGCUACCCAGAUCCAGGAGGCUGAUUUCAUGUUUGAGCUCAUCAAGGAGUUGCAGGGAACCAACUCUAUGGAGAAAAGCAUGCACAAGGUCCUCCAGAGGAUUGCUCUGCUGGUACAUGCUGAUCGAUGCAGCUUCUUUGGCUCCAGGUCCCGUAACGGUAUCCCAGAGCUGUCCAACAUACUGUUUGACGUGACAACCACGUCAGCCUUUGAGAAGAACCUGAUUGACCCCAACACUGAGAUUGUGUUCCCCACUGACAUGGGGAUAGUUGGGUGGACAGCGCACUCCAAGAAGGCCCAGAACAUCCCUGAUGUGAAAAAGAACUCUCGCUUCAGUGACUUUGUGGACAAGCAGACCAAGUACACAACCAAGUCCAUUCUGUCCGCCCCCAUUAUGAGUGGCAAGGAGCCCAUUGGCGUUAUCAUGGCACUGAACAAGCAAGGGGCUGAGGAAUUCUCAAAGGGUGAUGAGGAUCUCUUCAGUAAGUAUGUGAACUUUGCUACUGUGAUUGCCCUGCAGUACCACACUGCUUACAUGUGGGAUGUGGAGACCAGGAAAAGCCAGGUGCUGAUCUGGUCUGCCAGCAAAGUCUUUGAAGAGCUGACUGACAUUGAGAGACAGUUUCACAAAGCUUUGUACACAGUUCGGACAUAUCUUAAGUGUGAGAGGUACUCUGUGGGACUCCUGGACAUGACUAAAGAAAAGGAGUUCUAUGAUGAGUGGUCAAUCAAACUAGGAGAACAGGAACCAUACAAGGGGGCUAAGACACCAGAUGGCAGGGAAGUUAACUUCUACAAGAUCAUUGAUUACUUGUUGGAGGGCAAGGAGGAGAUCAAAGUUAUCCCGGGCCCCCCAGCCGACCACUGGGCCCUUGUCAGUGGCCUUCCAACAUACGUGGCAGAAAACGGAAUGAUUUGCAACAUGAUGAAUGCUCCUGCAGAUGAGUACUUCAAUUUUCAGAAAGGACCAGUGGAUGAGUCUGGUUGGAUCAUGAAGAAUGUACUGUCUCUGCCCAUCGUGAACAAAAAGGAAGAAAUUGUCGGCAUUGCCACUUUCUUCAAUAGGGUUGACGGCCGGCCAUUUGAUGAAAAUGAUGAACAGAUCACAGAAGCUCUAACCCAGUUCCUGGGUUGGUCCACACUGAGCUGUGACACCUAUGACAGACUGAACAAGAUGGAGAACAGGAAGGAUAUUGCCCAGGAGAUGCUCAUGUGCCAGACAAAGGCCAAACCAAGUGAAGUCCACAGCAUUCUGAACACUGAGGAGAAGCUGGGUAAGGUACCGGAGGACUGUGAGGAGAAGGAGAUGUACAAACUUCUGAGAACCACCAUCCCUGAGGCGAAGGAUGUGGAACUCUUGGAGUUCCGUUUCAGUGAUUUCCCUCUGUCGGAGACGGACCUUAUUAAGUGUGGCAUCCGCUGCUUCUUUGAGCUCAAUGUGGUGGAGAAGUUCAAGGUCCCCGCAGAGGCCCUGACAAGAUGGAUGUACACCGUUCGCAAGGGUUACCGUGACAUCACCUAUCACAACUGGAGGCACGGUUUCAACGUUGGCCAAACAAUGUUCGCUCUCCUCAUGACGGGCAAGCUGAGGAAGUACUACUCUGACCUUGAGGCCUUUGCCAUGGUUGCUGCUGGAUUCUGCCACGACAUUGACCACAGAGGAACAAAUAAUCUGUACCAGACAAAGAGCAUAUCUCCUCUGGCUAAGCUCCACACCAACUCGAUUAUGGAGAGGCACCAUUUGGAGUACAGCAAAACCCUGAUGGAAGAUGAGCACAUCAAUAUCUUCCAGAACCUUCAGAAGCGCCAGUUUGAGACGGUGCAACACCUGUUCCAAGUCUGCAUCAUCGCUACUGACCUGGCUCUCUAUUUUAAGAAGAGGACAAUGUUCCAGAAAAUUGUGGAUGCCACAGAGCCCAUGGCAGAUGAGAAGGAGAAGAUCAACUAUGUUUCGAAUAACGCAACUAGGAAAGAGAUUAUUAUGGCAAUGAUGAUGACAGCUUGUGAUCUGUCAGCCAUUACAAAGCCAUGGGAAGUCCAGAGCAAGGUUGCUCUUAUGGUGGCGGCAGAGUUCUGGGAGCAGGGAGACCUGGAGAGAACCGUUCUAGAUCAACAGCCUAUUCCAAUGAUGGACAGGAAUCAUUCUGAGGAGCUGCCCAAGAUGCAGUGCGGCUUCAUUGAUUUUGUCUGCUCGUUUGUGUACAAGGAGUUUUCCAGGUUCCAUGUAGAGAUCACCCCUAUGUUUACUGGCUUAAACAUAAACAGAGGUGAGUGGAGGGCCUUGGCGGAUGUCUAUGAGGCCAAGAUGAAGGCCAUUGAGGAAGAGAAAAAGAAACUAGAAGGUGGUGGUGGUGGUGAAGAACAAGAGGGAGGAAAGUCAAAAACGUGCACUAUCUUCUAAAGCCACCAUCAAAGAACCAAUGAAAGUACACAUUUGCUACUGUAUGUUCACGAAGAUGGUUGGGUGUGUGUGUGUAUGUUUGUAUGUGUGUGCAUGUGAGAGUAUCCAAUGGAUAAAGAAAAGUACAAUGGAAUUUCAACUGGUAAUCUGGAAAGUCUGUUUUCUACAUACCCAGUUUGACUAAAGGACACAGACACUUGCAAGGGGCAGUACUGGAUGUCUAUUGGAAAAUAAACAUGGCAUCUACAGUGUAAUUUAGAUCUGAAAUGCUCAGUGGCAUGCUAACUCACUAAACGAUUUUCAACUUUAUGAAUAUUAUGUAUGAUCUCUUCAUAUAUAAAAAGUAUAAUGUUGUUGUAUAGAUGAUGUAUCCACAGAUUGUGGCACUUUCUCCCUUCAAGCUUUUGGAAUUUUUUAAAAUCAUAUUUUACCAUAAUAUACUUUUAUUGCCCCUAGAGGAUCAAUAAAGUACUACUCCUACUAUGCUAAAUAUAUGUAAAAAGUAGAGUUAUACUGUUAAUUCUUAACUUAGCAAAAAAGCUUCACACUGUAACUUAAUUAUUAUUUUAUUAAGAGAAUAUUUAUUUCACCAAUGUCAUCAUAC